UCUGUCAGUUGAUAUCGGUGUAGAAUGUUAACAUGAAAUAAUAUUUUUAUUAAACAUUAUAUUUAAACAUGAUUGAAUUCAAUUUUAGCAACGACAGAACGAUAAUAUAUUCAUAAUGGAAUCCAGAAAAGACAUUUACAAUCUCUGGAUCCAAUACACAACAAAGAAUGAAGAAAUUUAUUUUAGACAAUUCGUAGCAGGAUUUGUGGGAAUAUGGGAGUCUCAAUUAUGUCUCGAUGUAAAUAAACCCCCUAGUCUAACCGAGACUAAAAGUGAUUCAGGGCCCCAUUUGACAAGACUGCCGGAUGAACUAUUACCAGCUAUUGGCAAAUUUCUAUAUAUAGCUAAAGAUACAGCCGAGAAGGAUAUUAUUACACCAACAUUCCUCAAUGAAGCAGAAGUGCUGAUUAAAUGUUUGACAAUAAUAUGCAGAAAUUUUGAUAAUAUCCCCCUCAUAUCCUCUUGUGAAUAUAUCAGUCAAUGUAUAUCUAUUGCCAGUAUUGUUGUGCACAAGUUGCUAAAAAACCCAAUUGAAAAUGCCGAUUCAUUUCUCCGUUCUUUAGCACUGAUGUUAGAAGUACUGUACGAUCCAUAUUUCACUUGGAGAAAUUUUUUAUUAAACAAUAAUGCUGAUUUUGCAAGACUGCAACACCAACCGGCUUUGCUUCAUGUAGAAGUCAUUCCAUUUAUUUAUGAUUGUUUUCAAUCCUCACUAAUGUUUUCUUAUCCGGAAAUAAGUACAGCUCUUUUACAUGUAUUAGGUGCAGUGAUAUUUGGUGCCCAACACAACGGUCAACGUGCCAUUUGCCCAGCCACUGUCAGUAUUCUUAUGGACGUAAUAGGACGAAAAACCGUCGAUUGUGAAGUGCGCACAAUUGCCCUGCGCUGUUUCGUAGCCAUGGUGCAGGUCCUGCACAGAUCUACUCCAGACCAGAGGCAGAUAGAACUAGCUACGAUCCUAAGCUUAUUUCACACGACGUUUGUUAAAUUUCUGUCUGAUCAAUCUGAAGAAAAUUUAGUGAAAUCUGAGGAUAAUCAAGAUAAUGUUAAAACAAUUGCCAUAUGCUCUAUUGUUAAUUCCGUAAAACUGUUAAUGACAAAUGCUGCUAAUAAUGUUCUGAUAGCUCAGGCUUUAGUAGAUGCUAAUUUGUUGAAUUUGUUAGUAACACUGCCGAAACAUACAAAGGAAUGGGAUAUAGAUCAUCAAUUACUAGCCACAGAAUGUAUAAGUAGUUUAUCUCGAAUUACACACCUAUGUGUAUCUGCUAGAGAAAUUUUUAUCAAAAAUGACUAUUAUGAUAUUUUUAUGUCAUCUGUUGCUGAACUUGGAACUCCAUCAAGAUCUUUAUUAUGCCAGUUACUAAAAAUGAUAACCGGAGAUGGAAAUGAUAACACAAUUUGUAAUUCACACAUUCUUAUAAGAUUAAUCACUUGGAUCAUUGAUAUGGAUGAACAUGAUCAGCCUUGGAUUUCAGAGGAGAUAUGUAAAAUAUGCACCGAAAGCUUAUUAAGCAAGCAAUUAGCUGCUGAAAGCAAGAUUAUUGUUGCUGUGUGUGAAGUCCUCGGUCAUCCAGAUAAACUAUCAAUAAAUGCAGCGAUUGAGUUAAUAAAAUUAUUAGAAAGUUUAGCAUUGCAUUCAAUUACAACACAUGAAUUAAAAAUGCUAUUUCUACUUUUGCGGCCCGAACUUGAGUUGCCAUAUUAUAAGAAUCUUUUACAAGCAGUUGCUACAAUUUUUCGUAAUCAAAAAUUGAUCUGCAGGAGUUAUAUUGAUAUGCAGGGAGAAACAGAUGGUUUAAGGGUACCAGAAAUUAGAAAAUGGGCAGGAUGUUCCUACGGCUUUAGCUUUCACUGUUGGAUUCGAUUAGAUCCUCUUUCAGACUUGGAUGGGCAAAAUUUUCGGAGGCAAUUAUUCAAUUUGAUUACGCCUCAAGGUACCGGCAUGGAAGUUUUUGUGCAGCGCGACGGUUCUCUAGUCACCGCCAUUUCACUACGACGCGAAUUUUUAACCGCCGCGGUAAACGCCAGUUCCAUUGGCAGUCCUGGUGGUUUAGCUGAUGGUAAAUGGCAUUCCGUCACUGUGUGCUUGGCACCACCCAGGCGGCCGUUUGCACACAACAACGUCACGAUAUAUGUUGAUGGGACGCAGAAGUUGGCAGUUAGCAUGAAAUUCACUGCAUUUGCUGAGCCAUUUUCUUACUGCACAAUUGGUUCAGUUGUGCAAAGAAUUUCUGGUAAUCAGCAGCAAAAUAAUUCUACUGCAACCAAAACAGAUGCUCCUGAAAAGGAUUAG